CGAAGAGACAAGACAAAUCAUGUAACUACUAAGUCGACUAUCGUAUACUCUAACAAGCGUCAGCUUGCAUGUCUCUCCAAUGAGAUCUAAAGACCCCAGAUCGCGCUAUACAUGCACCUAAUGACGCCCCGCGGCAUCUAGUCAACCAAACCUUCCGAGACUCUUAGAUCAUCGUCAACGUCAUGUAAAGAGCUGCUACUGGUGACCUCGAAAUGGCUGUCAAGCAAAAGGCGAGCCUGUCGCGUGAACUUCGACGCAAAAAGCAUUGACUAGAAACCAGUGCUGUUGAUCUGAUCUCGUACCACGAUUCGAAUCAAGGAUGUCGCACCUUUCAAUCGGCUUCGAAGACACAACGGAACUUCCCUCACGGUACCCGCUCACCAAUGUCUUGUCACUACCAUACGAACUCCUUCAGUCGAUCCUGAGCUCUAUCGCGAACUUCGAACCAUGGACGUACUCUUCGAAUACGAGAUGUGCAGAUGCAACCAUUACCGACAAGGAUGUGCUGCUGAGCACUCGCGACUUGACGCCUCUCAACCUGGCCUCAAUCAAUCGACACAUACUAGGGCUCUCCAGCACGAACGAUUGGCUCAUGCUGACACUUUCCCGACAUCCUUAUCGCCUGUCCCAAAGUGACAAGGGUGGCAUACUAUCGGCUAUCACACAGGCGCUGAGGAGAAUGAAUGCACGACUUGAGCGGAUGCACUGGGCUGGGAGAAAGUCGAAUGCCAGUCCUCAGAUACUUGGAGACCGUGAAAUCGCCAGUUCCAAGAAUCUCGACACGGCGAGCGUGCAGGACGCUCCGGUCUACGAUGAUAGCUUUGACCAAACGCCAAGCGACAUACCCAUGAAGCAGUAUUUUGCCAGUGUCCAGUCCGAAGAGGAGUCGUACACAAACGAGUACAUCCUGACCAGACCGAUGUGCGCUGCACGACCCUUCAAUGGCACAUCUUCCUCCACGUCCGCCGUCGUCGUAUACGAUCCAACGCCCAUACUUAAGCUCAGCAACCUGGACAUUGCGCAACGUGUGCGUCAAUCAGAGCUACCAAGAGCUACAGAGCAAUUUGCUGCUCUCCUUGUUGCUGUCCUCAUUACGCUUGCUCCACGUCGUCUGUCACUUCUCGAAAACCUCGAGAAGCUCGAGCGCGACACACCGAUCCCAACCAUCGAGCCCUGCGAAUGCAGGGACUUCGCGACAUCGAAGACAAGUUUCCGGACUGACCGGCCGCGCAGCUUGUCAGGCUCGACUGUCGCCGAGUUGCUACCACAUGAGGAGACAUUGUCGUUCUCUACGAUUUCAACGGUGUAUAGCUCGGACAGAAAUCAUGACGUGCGGUCGGCCGAGAAGAGGGAGAGCGAGGAGAAAGAUGUGGGAACAUCCCCUAAAAGACCGAAGUUGAGCGAGUACAAGCAGGUGAGCAGUGGGCGGGUCGCGACGCUUAUGGAUCGGUUCGAAAAGUUUCAUCUUUGAGUCAGUCUGCCGGUCGUGCAAACACGUCACCAAGAGAGGGAGGAGGUUUGUGUUUGCGCAAGUACAUGACCAUUUCUUGCAGACCUCGAUCACCGAACUCGGUCAGUCGAUGAUUAGCGAACAUCACGUUGUCUGUCUUUGGCGUCUACAAAGCAGGACCCUCUGGGCUCACAACGCACAGCCUCCAUUUAAUAUCAC